GCAGUUUAAUAGGCCAGACCUUAACUACUAAAGGUUGCAUUGACUAUACUUAGGCCUUUUCUUAGUUUGUUAUUGCUGCAUUAAUUGUGCUCACAGUGAAGUAGGUGGGCAGCUCUGGAGUGUGUGACUAGAUCAUGUAGCUGAAUAUAACCAAAUGCCUCGAGCACUGAAGCGAAUUGGUGGCUCCCUCUGUUUCACCCCCUUCUUUCGCUUUUCUCACCCCCUCUUGUCCAGGCUUUUAUUCAAAUUUGGGUCAGGGGUGAGGAUUCUUCACGUCACAAGCUUGCAAGAUGGCGCUCGCAGAGCUGUGAGAUGAGAAAACAGGAUGGCUGUGUGAAGAGCUUCGGUCGAUUUACUGAGGUUUCUAGGUGCAGGAAAAAAAAGCUGGAAAUGGAACUGCCAAAUCAUGCCAAACAAUUGCUGCUGCAGCUGAACCAACAAAGAGCCAAAGGUUAUCUGUGUGAUGUGAUUAUAGUUGUAGAAAAUGCCCUCUUCCGGGCACACAAGAACAUUCUGGCAGCCAGUAGUAUCUACUUUAAGUCCCUUAUCCUUCAUGACAACUUAAUUAACCUCGACACAGAUAUGGUCAACCCGUCGAUUUUUCGGCAGGUACUGGACUUUAUUUACACUGGCAAGCUUUUGUCCUCGGAUCAGGUCAGUGACCACAAUUUUAAUGCCCUCCUAACGGCAGCAAGCUACCUCCAACUCCAUGACCUAGCUGCUCUCUGCAGAAAAAAGCUGAAACGCAAUGGCAGAUCCCUCCACAACAAACCCACGACUCCUACCAAUGGAAGAACUACUAGGAACCAAAGGUUGUCCUCCACACCUGUUACUCCAAACCAAGUUUCAGGGUUUAAGGACAGUGAAAAAACAAAGAGACAUGAGGAGCUACUCAAAGAUGAGUUGUCAGAGGAUGAGGUUUUUGUCAGGAAUGUCCAGUGUGCAAACCCAGCCAACUCUCUUAGUCCAUCUACUAGUAAGAAUGGGAGCAACGGCCUCAUUACCAGCAGUGGUGGCCUCUUGGAGCUUGGCCUGGAUCUCUCUAAGAAAAGCCCUUCAGGAAGCACAGUCACUGAAGAAGUAAGUCCAAGCAGUAUACCCCAAGAAUCACCUCAGUCUGCCUCAGAAUCCACAGCCAACAGUGCCUCGUUUGAUGAUCUCCCCACGAACCCUCCAACCACCGGAGAGCCUAUGGACAUAGGUGAAGCCGAGGAAUGUGACGAGACCCAGCAUUUUCCAGACCCUGACCAACAAAAAAUCACACGCCCAAUAUCGCGGUCCAGGCGGCAAACCAAGGGUGAGGCUCACAAAGGUGAAGAAAUGGAAAGGUCCACUUUGCCCAAUGGAGUUGCCAAGAGGCUAAAUGUGGCUGGAGAAAGGCUCUCGGGUGGAGGGAACUCUGAUCUGUCCUACCAUUGUAAGGAUGAGGAAGAAGGACUGGAGAAUGGCCAGGAGCAGAGCGAAGAGAGUGGCCAGAGUGAGAACGAAGGUGGACGCAACAGUGCCAACUACGUGUAUAGGCAGGAAGGCUUUGAGCCUGCCCUUGGAGACAACCUUUAUGUCUGUAUUCCCUGCGGUAAAGGUUUCCCUAGCUCGGAGGAACUAAAUGCCCAUGUGGAGACCCAUACGGAGGAAGAGCUUUACAUCAAAGAAGAGGAGGACGAUGCCUAUCCAAAGGAAGACGAGGCUGAAGCCGAGGACCUGUCAUCACAGACGGUCCAAGUGCGUGGCGUAGAUUCACGACGCUUUUGCUGUACAGUGUGCAAUAAAAGCUACAAAGAUCCUGCCACUCUUCGGCAGCAUGAGAAGACACACUGGCUUACGAGGCCUUUUCCCUGCAACAUCUGUGGAAAGAUGUUCACGCAGCGCGGCACCAUGACGCGGCACAUGCGCAGCCACCUUGGUCUGAAGCCCUUUGCCUGUGAGGAGUGCGGCAUGCGUUUCACUCGCCAAUACCGACUCACAGAGCACAUGCGGGUACACUCUGGGGAAAAGCCCUAUGAAUGUCAGCUUUGCGGGGGUAAGUUCACCCAACAGCGUAACCUCAUCAGCCACCUUCGAAUGCAUACCUCCCCAUCAUAAGCCAAAGACACUUUGAAUGGAAUACCUUGAGCGCAAAAAGAUUUCAGUACACUGCACAUCUGUAUUCUGUGAAGAUGACGGCUAUGAGUGGGCGAUCCAAUGGAGGAUUCACUCUCGGCUUGAGUGAUAUGUGUAGAAGUUAAAAAUAUUAAAACCCCAUCAGUUAAAAGACUAACAUUUUUCAAAAAUUGGUAUGAUUCUGUGGCAUUUUCUUUUCUUUCAUAAUGCUGCAAAUGUAUGCCUCGGGUACCGAUGCUGUUUUCAGAAUUCCUUGGGCUCUCCAGAUCACUUCAGACCAGCCUAUGCAUUGGUUUCUUUAUUUGAAUCUCUAAAUGUUGUCCCUAAGUAUACAAUUUCACUUCCUUGGGUCCUUUAAAGCAAGGGCAGGAGCUGGACCACAGAAUAUGUAAAACACUAAUUGAUUAACUACUAGUUGCGAAACUUUUUUUUCUUUUUAUCCAAAAAGAUAGAUUGAAAUAUAUGAUUGAGAGCUUUUAGAAAUGUUUAUGGUGUUCCUUAAAAGCUUUGUGCAUCUGACCAAACACGUUCACAAGCUUUAGUCUGUACCAUAUGCCCAUUGCCUAUUUCUAUACCAUAGCACAUACAGUCUCCGUUUAAUUCAGCUUGGAUUGUAAUUGCUACAUGAAACAAACUGACACAAUAGAGCUUCUUUUUGCUAGCCCUCUCACAGUGGCCUGUUAGUUGGUUAACUAACCAUUUCAGUUGUGGCAAAAAGUGGCCAGAAAAAAUAGGCAGAGUUGGAUGUACCCUGUUCUCCUUCUGUGCUUUGGCAUGGGCAAAUGGGGGGUAUAGAAAAAAGAGGUUCUGUGUUUUUUUUUUAAACUCUAAUGUUUACUCAUAUAAUAUAUAGGGGUUUACUCUUGAUACAAAAAGCCAAAAGUAAUGGUACUUGUUUUAGAUAACUUAUUUUCAUGCUUUAGUGAAUGUUUAAACUGGACGUUCUUUUGAUAUUUCUUUGCGGUGGAUUGAUUUGGGUGAUGGGUAGGGUUUGUUUUUUAUUGAGUUUUGAAUGUUCAUUCUGUCGGUACUGUUGUUCAGUUUUGAUUGUUAAGGUUUUUCCUUCUCUAAAAACCUAUUUUAUAGUCUUGUCACAUUACUACCUCUUAAUUCUUAAGAACAGUACAUUCAUUGAUGGAAAAAGGGGGUGUAGAUGUAGCUUGCCCAACAAGGUUGUAUAAAAUUUGAGGUUUUCAGAAUGGUCCUAACCUGCCCAUCUCUCAACAAAGUUUUGGGGGUUUUUUUUUGUUUGUUUUGUUUUUAACAUAUUUAACAUAGUAAAACUAGAACUUAGCUUGUUGGGUGCAUGUAUUUAAGUUUUAUGUAAAGAAAUCCAAAGAGAAAACUAGUACUGGGGAAAAUGAUUGCUUAUGAACAAACCUUUUUCUGUAGAAUAUGUCACUACCAAAGUUUUUAGAUUAAAUACAAAAAAUAACAUUUCAGGAGAAAUAAUAUUAUAAAGAUUUUUUUUUUUUUUUUUUACUUUUAGUUCUCAGUAAUAAGAGGAAUGAUGUGGGAAUGUUAGUUUAUACUGGACAUUGUACUAAAAACCAAUGAACAACUUUUGUAAAACUUCUGCUGAUUGGUGGGCUGGCAGUUUUUAAUUUUUUUGUUUGUUUGUUUUUUAUUUUCAAUUUUGAAGUUUACAUCAGUUUCUGGAUUUGGUUUGUCGUUAAUUUUGUCUUCGGACGGACUUUAUUGAAGGACUGUAGAAGGACUAAUUUAUUUUAGUUCAGACCAAAAAAAAAAAAAGAAAGAAAGGAGUAAGACAACAGAAGUAGAAUCUGGAUGAUGGUGUUACAUGGCCACCAUUUUGGAGAAGGUCAUUUAAUGAGGAAUCAAUACACUGGAUUGCCUCUACAGUUAACAGAAAUGCUCUUGGGCUUUUUUUGUUGUUGCUUUUUUCAGACUCAGAAACUAAUGUCAUUUAUUCAGUUGCUAAGUAUUGUAGAAAUCCUUUGCAUUAUGAAUGAUGACUUAGUCCAAAACCCUAGUUGUCAUCUUCGGUUACUGACUUGAGGGGGUCACUGUUACAUUAUCAGUUCACACAGUGGUUGGAGUAUUCCUAUUUUAAAAUACCCUCUAUUUACACAUUUAGUUGAUUUAUAGCCAGUUCCAGUGUAUCACAUUCCAUGUGUAACUUUUACCAUUCUCAAUGCAUAUUUUACUGGCAUUCCUUUAUUUAUUUAUUUUUUUUAAUCCAAAGCCCAGUGCUCACUAAUGAUCAUUAGGUGCAGCUAUCGUCAUACACUAUACAGUAAUGUACACUGACACCCUUUUUCCUGGAAUCUGGAACCCAUCUUUCCAGAGACUUAAUCCAAACAUAUCAAAGUUCUUACACGGUAGAAACUUUCAUAACUUCUUGCCCUGUCCCAUUUGGUCGUACAUCUCAUUAUGGAAGCUACACUUGGUGUAAAGUAGGAAUAAUUAAGAAUUUAUUACACAAAAUUCAGUCAUUGGGCAACACAAGUUUGGAAACACAUUCUGGUGUUGACGUACACGUAUCAGCUCAGGGAGACUUUACUGUGUCUUCCUUGUCACUCCCAUAUACCACAGCGGAUUCCAGGAAAAAGCUGCAAUUUGAGCUCUUGUGUACCUAUCAGCACUUAAGCAGUACAUCAGCGUCACUUAAGAGAUGUGAUGCGUGGCCGAAGUAUUCCGAGCUGUAGUCCAAAAGAGCACGAAAAGAACGGCAAAAUUUUCAAACUGUGACAAUAAUGUUUCUACUUCAGACUUCAGGGAUAGUUCUACAUAUUUUGGAACUGUGGAACUUUCGAGACAACAUUUGUAAGACUGUGUCAAUACUAUUGUCAAUUUCUGUAUUUUAAUGAUGAAAAAACACUAGUUUCCUACAAAAUAGAUUUUAAAGAGCGUUCCCAUUUCAAACGAUGCUUUCGGUAAAAAAGAAAAAGAAAAAAAAUAUGGAAAUGAAAGAAAAAAGGCAAAAAAAAAGAAAAAGAUUAAAGCCAGAGAUGUACAUGAAAGUUUUACUUUUAAGUUUCAGAGUGUUUUAGAACUUAAAAAAAAAAUAAUUAUUAAGCAUAAAGUGUAUAAACAAAUACGAUAAAGCUCAUACCCAAAAUUUCAGACACUCUUCCUAAACCAAAGCACAUACCGAAUGAUUGACAGCUUGUCUGAUGUAAUGAUUCUUGUGUAUAUCUCGCUGUUUACAUAAACACUUACAGUCUCCGACCUCAGGAGAGGAGAGGCCAGUUUGAGCAUGCUUCUUUGUAGAGAUGUCUUAAACUUGGGGAAAAAAUGUCUACAAUGUCCCAACCCUGUGUGUGUGUGUGUGUUUACUUAAUGUAUUAUUGCAGUUAUUGCAUCCGGUUACUUCUGUUUUUCUGCUGCUUUCAGAUGUCUACAUGAGUAUGACUAGAAGCUACAUAACACGACUUUACCUCAGACCAUUUUAGUGGGGUUGUUAGAGAGAGGAGUCUUGUUAUCCAUUUAUUCUUUUGUUUAUUCAAAUUCAAAUGUGUGUUUGUUGUUUUUUUUGUGUUUUUUUUUUUUAAAUCUGAGCCAUUUGCUGAAACCAUAGAAGAAGCAGCUUCCAUGCGACUGGCCUCUCCUCUGAACCACAUUGGUGCAAACACUUAUUGACAGUGUUCAAUAUAUUUUUUUUUUGUUGUUGUUGCUUUUUUUUUUUAAUCAAAGAUCUAUUGUCAAGUGAUGAAUGUAUUUAUUUUUUGAUCCUGUUUUCACGUUUGUUAAAGAUUUCACUUUGUGUGAGACAAGGUGUUUUCAGGGUCUUACUUUUUAUUGCUUAAAAUGACGACAAAACAAAUCCCACAAGGCUGGAGGCGUGAGGAAUGUAUGUGGUCCCAUGAAGUGUUCCUGUUCAAGGCUGGAUUGGCUCCAUCCUGAUCCUUCUCUCACUCAAGGCAUGCAUGUGCUCUGGAUCAUGUGUUCUUUUUUUUUAAUUCUUGUACUAAAGACUUGAAGGCUGUGUUUUUGUUUUUUAGUUUUAACAUUUUCCCUGUUUGCUUCUGUCUGUUGAUACACUAUUGGACUUUUAUUAAUUGAACAAGCACUCUUGUCUUGUUUGUGUUCUUUAUUGAAAGCCGUGGUGUUGUCACGCUAUCAUGGUUCAAGGCUCCUAGUGGAUUGCGUUUCCUUUAUUUCUUUAGAGGUUGUAGUGGGGGGUGGGGGGUGUCCUAUUUACAUAUGACCAACAAAGCCAAAGCUUUUUUUUAAAAAAAACGAACUCUACUCUUUUCUGCUCACCUUCACCUCACAAAGUCUGUCAGCAAAAAAAAGCAGCAAGUGGCAUGCAUCGUGUUGUGUUGUGCAGUUCUAGACGGAAUAUAUAAUAAGCUUUAUAAAAAUGCACUUUGCGUUUUGACGGCAAGGUCCCGUGUCCCCUAAGAAUCUAGAGAACUUGCUCGGUUAUCUUAUCGAUCGUGCGAUCAGCAUUUGGAGACUGAAAAAGAUUGAUCUUUGAUUUGCUGCUAUGAUUCGUAGCCUGUUGCAGCAGUGCUACGUAUUUCCUGUGUAGUAUUGUCAAGUAUCACACUGCUAAAUGUUACCCAACCACUCGGACCUCAGUAUACCAAACCAACCCACAAGUAAACCAAAGCCAGCUUUACAAGCCUCUGUGUUUUCCAUAUACUUUUUUUUUUAUUUGUUAAAAUUUUUUUUUUCUAUUUUUUUUUUUUUUUUUUUGCUCGAGGCCAUAUUGCACCUAAUACUGUGUUCCUGCUGCCUAGUUGACCAUUUAGUCCACUGUAUAUUAGCGAGUCUCUGCGCAUUCCACUGUCUGUGUCUCUUUGAUCAUUAUAUAUAUGGGGGUGUGUGUGAGUGUACUUUCACACACAAGGGUUGCAACUAUUUGUUCAAUUACUGUCACUAUUAGCGUUUUUUAGCCUUGAACAUGGUUUGCGGACAACAGCACGGUUUCACGUUUCAGUUCCUCAGAGAUCUUUGUAUUCAGGGCCGAGCUACACGAAGCUUGAAGCUCGAAUUGUGUUAUGUGAACACAAAACGAUGUACAGAGGUGAUCUUAUCUCCCGACAGUCUUAAUGUACAGCUAUGAGAAGUCAUUUUAGAAUCAUUAAAAUCUCGAUCGAAAUACUC